ACCUACCGGUAGCUCGAAGUCCUGCGCGAUAGUUUGUGUUCGCGCAGAGAAUUAUUGCUUGCGGCCACGAAUGAAUGUACUUCGUAAUAGCUUCAAUUCAAUUUUUAUCGAAGUCGAAGGAAGAACGACUGCCAAUGUAGCCACGGUACGUACGUACCCGUACCGGUAGUUUUAAGAAGUGAAAGGUGUUGUUUGUUCGUCAAGCAAAUAUUUGACAGUGGAAGCUGGGCGAUUGUUGGACGAUACGRCCAAGCACACAAAAGAUUAGAAUACUACAUAUCCAAAAUGUCGAAGAUUAAGAGAGACGACAAUAAACAGAAAUGGGAGGACACGGAAUUUCCGUUGGUGUGCGAGACCUGUCUCGGAGACAACCCGUACGUUCGAAUGACCCAAGAAAAAUUCGGAAAGAAGUGCCAGGUUUGUGAGACGCCCUUCACGGUGUUUGCGUGGCAAGCCGGAACGAAGGGUCGGCUGAAAAGGGUAGAAAUUUGCAGAAGCUGUGCGCAGGCCAAGAACGUCUGUCAGGUUUGCAUCUACGACCUGCAAUACGGGCUUCCGGUCAAGGUGAGGGAUCGGAUUCUAGCCGAGGCGGGAAGCGGCAACGCGUGYGCGGUUGUCCCCCAGUCCGGGGCGAAUAGAGCGUGGUAUACGGCACAGCAAGAAAGAGCACUGGCACAGGGACAAAACAUGGUCGGGGAGGCGAAUGCKUUGGCUGUUGCCAAGUUAAAGGAAAUGGCAAACAUGAAACCUCGUUACGAACGAAACAUGGCGAAAUUGUGUAGUUUCUUUGCGAGGGGGGAAUGCAACCGGGGUGCAAAUUGUCCUUUUCGUCACGAGCUACCGAAAGAUCGAAAUGAUCCCAUGUCRAAGCAGAACACAAAGGACCGUUUUUACGGAUCAAGCGAUCCCGUGGCAAAUAAAAUUCUCGGACGGCAGCGAAGGAGGGAACAAGAGGCCGCAAAAUCCGACGAGAGUGGUUUCGACAAGUCGCGUGCGACGCUUUAUCUACGGUUCAAAGGGGAUGCUCCGUAUCCCAAAUURACAGAGCCAGACAUUCGCGAUAAAUUCUAUUCGUUUGGGGAAAUAUCGUCCGUUCGGAUCCAAGCGGAGAAAGGCCAAGCAUUUGUWGAGUACACCCAACCAGACGCUGCGGAACUGGCUAUCGCUAGCAUGAAUCGACAAUCUCUCCUAAAUAGAGAGAUAAUGGUGAACUGGGCUCGAUCGCCCAAGCGGGGUGAUGCCGACGUCGCAAAGCAUGGGGAGAACAGACGAAGCCUUCCACAGCCUCCGGUCGCUGUGAAGCCCAUGGCUCCACCGGGUGGUGUUUCAAAGCCAUUGGGCUUACCGAAGGGCUUCACCACCGCAAUCAAGCCACCGGCACACAUUGCAGCUAUCGCUGCGGCGAGAAGAAACAAAGCUACAAACGGACCACAAAUUGGCGGUKUCCCUCGGCCCGGAGGCGGUCCCAUCCGCAKGGUAGGAGCAAAUGCCGCGAAGAGCGUGGUAGGCUCCAGGAAACCGUACUACCCCAGUGCAGAUCCGGGACGGUUAGGUUCCAAAACUUCGAAUGCGAAUUAAUGAUCGACAUGAUGCUGUGUGAAUGCACUAUUGCUAACAAUCUGAUUCGAAAACCAGAACUGAAAAGUAACUUUCCUUUUGACAUCAUACUGAAUCUUCCAAUGAGGGCAAAAUAAAUCUAGUUCCAUUUU